GCUUUGUCAACUAUAUAGCGGCAGUAGGCAAAAUUGACUUUGUAAUUUUGGACAUGUCUGCCACUAAUUUUUCUCUGUAAAUUAACGACCCUCUCUGCCCUUUCGGUGACGACCUCUUCAAAAAAUGGCUUCUCUACAACUCAACUUGCCCUCUCCUUCUCCUACUUCCCCACUCUCCUGUUCUCCUCGUCUUUCUAGACUCAACCCCUCUCCCCUUAAUCAUCAUUGUUUUACUCCUAUUGCCACUCGGUUCCUCCGCUUCCACUCAAAUUAUCGCCAGUCACUUCAUCCGGUCUCCGCCGUGCCUUCCGCUGUUGACCUGGCAGAGACUAAUGGUACCGACGGCCGUGAUUCAGAGAAGAAACCGCUUCUUGAGGUUAAAGAUCUAACGGCAGUUAUUGCUGAAUCGAAGCAGGAGAUUCUCAAGGGCGUAAAUCUUGUUGUCAAUGAAGGAGAGGUUCAUGCUGUUAUGGGAAAGAACGGUUCUGGGAAGAGCACAUUUUCUAAGGUUUUGGUUGGUCAUCCGGAUUAUGAAGUGACUGGAGGCAGUGUCAUGUUUAAAGGGGAGAACUUGCUUGAGAUGGAGCCAGAGGAUAGAUCUCUUGCUGGGCUUUUUAUGAGCUUCCAAUCACCAGUUGAGAUCCCUGGUGUGAACAAUAUUGACUUUCUUAAUAUGGCAUAUAAUGCUCGCAGAAGAAAACUUGGUCUUCCAGAACUUGGACCAAUUGAGUUCUAUGCUUAUUUGUUCCCAAAACUUGAACUUGUGAACAUGAAGAGUGACUUUCUUAACAGAAAUGUUAAUGAAGGAUUUAGUGGAGGUGAAAGGAAGCGCAAUGAGAUUUUACAACUUGCGGUCCUGGGUGCAGACUUGGCCAUAUUAGAUGAAAUUGAUUCAGGGCUAGAUGUAGAUGCACUCAAAGAUGUUGCUAAAGCAGUGAAUGGGAUCUUGACUCCAAAGAACUCUGUUUUGAUGAUUACGCAUUAUCUACGACUUCUGGAAUUCAUUCGGCCUACAUAUAUCCAUAUCAUGGAGAAUGGCAGAAUUGUAAAAACGGGGGACAUUUCGAUUGCAAAGGUUCUAGAAAAGGAGGGUUAUAGAGCAAUCUCUUCCCCCUAAUUGCAGGACAAUUAUAAUUUAGUUCCUGAGCCUCUCAUCUCUCUUGCUGAUAAAUCUUGCUUUGCUCUUUAUUAGCUUCACUUCUUCAAACGCUAAAAACUGCUGUUUUAUUGCAGGGCUAGUGUGGGCCAUUUAUUUUAUUUUAUUUUAUCUAUAGCUAUAAAAGUUUCAUGUUGUUUUCAGGCCAGUAACCAAUUUUGUGCCUGUUAUUUUGGUUUUACUGUUUAAAUAUAUACAAGCUCCAAAAUCCCCGACUUAUGAAAUAAAAUAUUAAAAGUUUUAA